ACCCCCCCAAAAAAUAAUAAUACUCUUCAUUAUCCAUUGGUCCUUUCUACUUUCCUGCCCCCAAAUUUUCCCGAGAAAAUUAUCCAAUUUUCUCGUGGAUUUCAUUUUUCCUUCAUCUGUCCUGGAAACUUGAUCUCGGCCUCUAAAUCGUCUUCCAAAACCUAGAAUCGUUCAGAUUCAAAUGGGACAACGACAAUCGAAAGACGAAUUGGUGUAUCAGCAAGUCAAUUAUGGUAACGUCGAAGGAAUCAAAGCUCUUCGCAGAGGAGGCGCUGGCCUUGAGUGGGUUGAUAGAGAAGGGAUGACUCCAUUAAUUGCUGCUUGCAUGAAUUCAGAACUGUAUAAUGUUGCAAAAACUUUGAUAGAAUUGGGUGCUAAUGUGAAUGCAUACCGUCCAGGUCGCCAGGCUGGGACUGGGACUUCAUUACAUCAUGCAGCAAAGCGAGGCCUUGAACAAACUGUUAAGUUACUUCUUUCACAUGGAGCAAACGCAUUAGUGAUGAAUGAUGAUUGUCAAACUCCACUUGAUGUUGCUAGAAUUAAAGGGUAUAGCAAUGUUGUCCGUGCAAUUGAGAGUCAUAUCUGCUUGUUCUCUGGUUGGCUGCGGGAGCUUUAUGGUCCAGGCUUUCUUGAAGUACUUGCUCCUCAACUCCUCUCAAGAAAAGUUUGGGUGGUUGUUUUACCAUGUGGUUCCCGUAAUCUUUCGAAGCCUUUCAAGUUGGAGCUUGCCAUAUAUCCUAGUUUGCAGGAUGCCCUGCCUCGCAUUCAUAUUGCACUGUGGAAAUCCAACUUGGAAGAACCAAAGUUUAACCAGUCUGAUCCUUCAGUGAUAAUUUCUGAUAGUUCCACCAAAACACGCGUUAAACUUGCAGCUGUGAAUGAAGCUGACAAACAACAAUUGCAGUGGUUUUGUAAUGCAUGCAAAGGAAUUCCGCAGGUAAUGCAUCCAAAUUUUCCUUUCAACACCCAACCACCCGUUGUUCCAGCAACUGCCCCAUCAUCUACAGAGGAUGUAGAAUUAGCUAUGGCACUCAAUGCCUCAGUCCAAUCGGUUAUGGAAACAAGACCACCUCAUGUUGAUGCUAUUCCUAGCCCCGGAGCAAACGCAUCCUCCAGCAAUCACGGUGGUUGGAGUACCUCGGCAGCCCCUCCUCCAAAAGGAAGUUGCAGUGGGUGGGAAAUUCAGGAAGCUGGUCCAAGUGGCAAUCCAACUCAACACGUUCAGAAUCAAAGCGACAUUGUUGUCCAAGCACCACAUGAGAUUCCCACUCCUCCUUCACUCCCAUCGGCCCCACCUAUUGACGAUGUGGUCGUAGAUGAUGGUCCGAUUCAUUAUCCAUCAAUCGAUUCUAGUCCUAUUGAUUUGUCUUCCCCUCGUGUGGAGAACUUAGCUGAUCAGGCUGAUGACAGGAAAGAAGAUUCUUCAUCUUGUGUGAUUUGUUUGGAUGCUCCAGUUGAGGGGGCUUGCAUCCCAUGUGGCCACAUGGCGGGAUGCAUGUCGUGUUUGAAUGAGGUCAAAGCCAAGAAGUGGGGUUGCCCCGUGUGUCGUGCCAAGAUUGACCAGGUUGUACGGCUUUAUACUGUUUAAUCAUCAAAGCAGAAAAUGGUGAAGUUGUAUAAGAUGGCAACAUACAUACGAGUGCAAGAGAGUUGCCAACUACAAACAGAUCAUCGGUUGCAUGGUGUCUACCUGGUAAUCACAUUUUGUAUAACUUUGUGAAUAGAUUGUUAUAUAUUGGAACUGGACCGAGUUCACACGGUUAAUGGGAUUUUUCUUUCAUUUAGUGAGAUGCCUAGUAAAGAUUGUAAUUUGUUGUAUAGAGGAAGUGGACUGAAGUUUCCAUGUCCUUGUAAAACUCUGUUUUUUCUAUUGUGUGUGAAGCUGUACUUUCUAACAGUUUUGAUGCUGGUAUGAUAUCAUUGCUGUUGCUGAUUUUCA